AUGGAGCUUGUUGAUGAAACUGGGAUAAGAAGAAGUGUCAGUGGUUUUGGUCACAGCUAUGAGAUGAUGAUUAAGGAAUUUAUUGUCUACAUUCCUAAGGACUGUGAUAGUCCUCUCAACAAGGAAUAUAGGAAGGUCUUUGUUCGAGGGAAAUGUGUGGAUUUCUCUCCAAUUGUCAUAAAUAGAUUCUUAGGCAGAAGUGAGGAUGAGUAUACGGAGGUAGAAGUAACUGACAACACUGUGUGCAAGGAGAUCACAUCAGGUCAGGUUACGCAAUGGCACAUCAAGGGUAAGCUGGUCUCAAGCAAGCUCAAUGUCAAAUACGCUCUACUUCAUAGGAUAGGAGCUGCAAACUGUGUGUCUACUAAUCAUACCUCUACCAUUGCAACUGGUCUAGGUAAAUUCAUCUAUAUUGUUGGUACUAAAGGGAAAUUCAAUUUUGGUGCUUACGUCUAUGAGCAAACCCUGAAACAUGCUCAAACCUUUUCCAUAAAGAUGCCCAUAUCAUUUCCUUCCAUCAUUUGUGGUGUCAUCUUAAACCAACACCCAUGCAUCUUGGUAAGUACUGAUGUGGUGAGGAAGAGGAAAUCUCCUAUAUCUCUCCAUCCGAAGUUAUUUACAGAUACACAUGUCACAGACAUUGCUGUAACAUCUGAACAGGAAGCUGCCAUUUCUACUUCUAAAGAAGGAAUUCUUGCAGAGCUUCAAGAGAUGUCCAAAACCUUGGAAGAAACCAUCAAGUCCAGCGUUGAAAGGAAGCUGCAUGUGUAUAACCUAAUCCAGUCUAUAAUUACUAAAGAACAUGUUGAAGAGAUGGCUGAAUUAAAUAAUGAUGCCAUAGGCAAUAAAGAUGAGGAAGCUCCUGGGAAUACAGAGGAUGGCAGUACUAAUGAGGAGCUGGAAAUACUGAUGAUGAAGAUGGAAAUGAUGAUCAGGAGGAUGAAUCUGAAGCUGAGGCUUGAUUUUUUUUUCCACCUUAUUUCGAUCAUGUAUUUUCUUUUCUUUUAUGGGCUAUGCCCUGGAUUUAUUUAG